CUCCUUCGGCACCAGCAGCACCAACAGCCUGUUCCACUGAAAUGUGCAACCGGACGGCCAAGUUCAUCGCCGACUCGCUGGACAGCAGGCUCAACCCUUGUGAAGACUUUUACCAAUUUACCUGUGGAGGCUUCAACGCCAAGCGAACCAUUCCCGAGGACAAACUGGCCCUCAGUCCGUGGCUUCUACCGCCGGCCAGCAUCAAUGCCAUCUAUUUCUACUACGACAACAGCAUUACCAUCCCCGCUGGCUUCCUCAAGUUCCCCACCUUCAGCGCCGAACGGAAUGAGAGCUUCGCGCUGAACUACGGCGUCAUUGGCUCCUUCAUCGGCCACGAGAUCACCCACGGCUUCGACGACACCGGCCGGAAGUUUGACGCCGUCGGCAACCUCCACAACUGGUGGAGCAACGCCUCAGAGGCGGGCUACCUCACCAGGGCGCAGUGCUUUGUGAAGCAGUACGGCGACAUUGUCGAGCCGGAGACGGGACUUCAUCUGAACGGCAAGAAUGGCCUCGGGGAGAACAUCGCCGACAAUGGCGGCGCCCACGUCAGCUUUGAGGCCUUCAAGGCGCGCCACCUGCGCAGUCCGUCGGCUCGACUGGCCGCCCUUCCGCAGUACACUCCCGAGCAGCUCUUCUUCCUCAUUUGGGGCACU